AAUCAAGCUACCCUACCUAGGCAGAAGUAAAGUCCACAGCCAUAAUCAUGGAUCUCCUACGCUUCAAAUUUGUCUUAAUCAGCAUAUUCAGUCUGGCUAAAAUAAACUUAGUCCUUGGACACAUUGGCACUGCCACUUCUUACAAUCCUCCAUAUACCCCCACCAAGUGCGGGGGAAACAGAAAUGAUCAGUUUCCAGCAGGAAAUCUGUUCGUUGCUGUGAGUGAAGGGCUGUGGGAUAACGGGGCUGCAUGCGGCAGACGCUACAGAUUAAGAUGCUUGAGCGGCAGCAACAAGCCAUGCAGAGAUAUUGGCACCACCAUCGACGUUAGGGUGGUGGAUUUCUGCCCAAGACGCCCAUGCCCUUCCACCAUUGUUUUGUCUAGUGAUGCUUUUGCAGCUAUCUCCCGCAACCCUGAUGCCAAAAUCAACAUUGAAUACAUCCAGUACUUACACUUCUUCCUUGUCUCCAGCUUAUUAUCUUCACUAUGUUCUUCGGUUGCUCCAUUGCUUAAUAUUUUACGUCACACCUUUUGCAGGAUAUGAAGAGGGAUUUGACUUCCAUAUAUAUAUAUAUAUAUAUACGUGUA